ACCUUUCAUCCACCCUGUAAAGUGAUAUCACGCGGGUUACAGCUGAAGCAGUUGCCCCUCUUUUGCUGCUCUACCCACCCCGCCCCACCGGGACCGGCAGGCAGCUUGUGCCAAACCGAUCCCCCCGCCCCCCCUCCGGGGCGCCGCGCUGAGGACGCGGCCGUGCCGAGGCGAUGACGCGCAGCUGCCGGACCGCCGCCUCGUCUCCAGCGCUCCACAGAGGAGGAAGGGGCGGAGGAGGAGGAGGAGGAGGAGGAUACCAUGAGAUUUCCCACAGGCCCCUCGCUGCUGGCACCUGGCUGUGAGUGAACCGGGGGGGUGGUGGUGGACGAGGGGAGAACCGACGGCGGAUAAUGACGUGAUGGUUCCGGUUGUAGCGCGUCUUUAAUGACCGGCGCUGGAGAGGAGAGGAGCGGAGUUUAUCGUGUGUGGAGCCGACACUCGGACCGCAGCUCUCUCAAACAGGUUGCCGAGAUUUCCUUCAGUGUUCAAGGGGGCUUUGCAGCAGAAAAGGGAUGCCAUCCCCCAGAUGGUGACUUCCACAGGAGUUCCAGCGAGAGGAGGCUUUCUGAGAGGAACACUCUGCAGGCCUGUCAUGGUUCCCGACCUCCUCGCACUCCUCCGGCUCUGCGUCCCCCGCUGUCUUCUAAUCACUCUCUGAACAAUGUGAUGUAAAUGUGGCCUCAGCACACAAACAGGAGUGGUAUCGAUCCGGCGCUAUAGAAACCUUUGUUGGACGGUUUGAUGGAGAGCUGGUCGAAUGUCAGCGGGAACUAUUGUUAUAUCCGGAGGAAUUCUCGCCGGAGUGAUACUGCUGUGCAUCGUAGCAGUGCUCUGUUACUGUAGACUCCAGUAUUACUGCUGUAAGAAGAAUGAUUCUGAGGUGGACGUGGGCUCUGUGGCGGGAGCCGACCCUCUCUCACACUUCCCCUGCAACGCCUGCAACGCCCUCGCCAUGGACGGCACGGCCAUCAGCCCCGUCUCUCUGGACCAGCUGGAGACGGGUUCGCACCACAACCACUGCCCGACCUGUUCGCCGUACUCCGUCCGCUCCGGACACACAGACAACAUGCGCAACGGAGGCGAGCGUCUGGGCUUCCACACCUACUACGAGAACCCGUCCGUCUCCCUGCCGCUGUCCGCCAACCCGCAGGGCUCCUCCCCUCUGAGUUUCUACGGCCCCUCGGACAUGUUUCCUCCCCCGCCGCGCCCCUACAGCACCGUGGUCUGACCUCUGCUGCACCAGAAACACACACAGAAAACUGAAAACACACACAACACUCACACACAGCACAUGACCUUUUUGUUCGAGACUAAAUUCAGGUGAUGGAUUUAAGAUACAGCACAAUUACACACACACACACACACACACACCAACAUUACCGCACAUGCUCCCUCCUGCCACAGACUCAUUCAUCCAAGAGUGGGGGGCGGGUGACCCAAAAACUGAGCCUCCGUGUGGGCACCACAUCCUUGGACCGGGCCCACGAGGAGCUGCAGACAUCAGCAAUAAAUGAUGUUUUAUCAGCAGGGACAUGGUACAGAACUCAAGUGCUUCUCAAACAACACGUGCUACUAAAAUGUGUCUUUGCUGGUCGGAUCUCAGCUGUGAGCCGAUCGACGUUCAGAUGCUCAGCACAUCUGGACUGAUGCAGACUGUAGCGUGGACACAAAAUGGUUUCCAGAGAGUCGAGUCAGUUUCCUCGUGUGGGUGCUGCAGAUCAACUGUUCCCAAAACACUUUGAUUAAUAUAUGAUAAAUCAAUAGUUGAUUUAACUUUAGUUUAAUUGUGCUUCACCGUUGAGUUACGACUUUAAUGCACAACUGUAACAUUUAUCAGUGAGAGUUAUUAUAACGCGUUACUGCCAAGCUUAUGACCAAUUAAUGAUUAAAAGCUUCUGAAAUUAAAACGAUUGAUGUGCACAGACCCGAACAGAUUAGAUGAAAUCACAAGACAUCGGUUUGGGUCAUUAAUUUAACAAAACUAACUAACUUAAUUUAUUUAGAAGUUUUCUAGAUGUAACUAUGUAAUUUAGUAUCAAUCAUAGGAAUAAUAGAGAUGAACUGGAGAGGAGAAAUAUAAGCGCUAAUAGAUAUUUAUCGAUUACUUAUAGAUUAUUGAUAACUUUGUUGCCCAUACACACUGUGUUAUAUUGUAUUCUUGCCUAUUUAUAUGUUUUGCACAUUCAGUUGAGCUGCUAACACUGACUAAAAUAACUCUGCAGUAAAGUAGGAUUGAUUGAUUAGACGUGUAAUUGAACACAGACUCUGUUACCCUGUAAUUAGCACCAAAUUGAAUAGAGCUUUUAGGAAACCUAGUGGGAAAGUAUUAGGAGAGUAUUUGUUAAUUAUAGACUCAUAGAAUAAAAACAAAGUGUCUGUUAUUAACAAGAGACACUAACACAUUCUUAAUAUACAGGACUUCGGUUAGAUUACAGUAGACGUGCAAGCACAACAAAGUUCAGCGCCGUGUCAGACUGAAGCCGACAAAUGUCAAGUUAGAAAACAAAAGAAGAUGGUUCUGGUGUGCCAGACCGAUGGACCAGUUGAUUUGCCUUCGUAAAAACACCUUAGAUAAGAUUAUAUUUUAAGCCCAGACAUAGGAAGGGUCGAUAUUUUAUUCUAUGUUUGUCUUUCAGCACCAACCCUGAAAUAAAACAAGAGCUGGGAAGUGACAUCUGGAGAAUAACUGCAAUGGCAGCUGCUCGCUGUCGUCUCCGAGGCGUGGAAGAAACGAAAAAUUAAUUGGCAAAAAAAAAAAACUGGAGGUGAUGAAAAUGGAUGUGAAGUGAAAUGCGGAGUGAUAAAUUAUGAGGUGAUUUGAUUCAUUUAAAGGAACAGACUCUAUUAAGCGCUCGCCUGGAGGUUGCAGACGCGAGCUUGUGACCUCACGCGUCGGAAAAGUUAAACGAUUUUUUAUUAAAACGCACGCAGCCGCGAUGUGAUGAAAACAGACACUUUGGGUGGAAGCGACGACAGAUUGCUCGCUGGAAACAAUAAAAAUGUGGGUUUGGUGUUGUGAGCGAUGAGCAGAGCACACUGUCACCAAUAAAACGUCAAGAAAGCAACAUA